UCGAAUUAGGCUCCGAAGGCCUUUUUGGUCGCAUAUCAAUCCUGUAACUACAAUUCGUCAGGCUACAAAGAGAAAAAUGCACUACAUGUAGAUUAAGAAGAGUGCCUCAGAUUGCAACACGCAACGGGAACGCUAGACGCUUAGCGUUGGUUGACAGCUAAUUCCCAUGGCGCGGUUCUAUUAUGGAUAGGCUAAGCGGUAAGUCUAAACCGCCAUACCUAUACAAUAGGACAGGGCGUCCACGAGUGUCCAGACAUUCUCUAGGAAUGACGCCCACACGCUGAUAGCCGAGUCGGAGAUCGGCUCUCCGCUAACCCCGGACCCUAAACCCAACCUCCAGCUCCAGCACAUUCGAGACGAUAUCAGAUUAAACACAGAUCACAGAUUUCUCAUCACUUCCCAAUAUGGUCGGUUCCAUACCAAACGACAUCUUCCAGUUCUCCACAUACUCAGCCCUCAACGCUGGCUUCAAUCAAGGCCAACCACGGACCGCAGACUUGACUUCUCAUGGCACCGAUGGCAUUGGUGUCUAUGAAGAUGGAAGCCUCAUGAUUCUGAAAGACCGACAAGCAUAUGCGCUCACCAAAGAUGGCAAAGCAAACUCGGCGCCCAUGAACGCACGCCUUCCUCUUGCAUUGGUCACAGUUUACCAACCAAGUUUUCGCCUAAAGAUUCCGUCUAUAUCACUCGAAGGCUUCGACGACCUCGUCUCGUCUGACGAUGUAGGUCCCGCAAAGGGUGUCAAUACUCUCAUGCCCUUCAAGAUCGCUGGUCGUUUCGAUUCGAUAGAUUUCGAAAAUGGACCCAGCAGGAGUGCGAUCGAUGGCACUAUAUUUGGAUUCGUGGUACCAGCUUGGAUGAAAGCUAUCAGUGGACCGAGGAUCCACGCACAUUUCUUGGAUGCCAGCGAAGAGGUUGGGGGCAAGGUCACAGAUUUUACCAUGGCCGAAGAAGCAGUAUUGAGUUUUGCCAAGUGCGGAAGGUUCCACCUCGGUUUCCCGCAAGGUGGAGAAUGGGAGGAGAUGAAACUGUGAUUGAAGAUGCGUGAGCUGGUGCGUGAGUACCAUGACCCAUUAUCUAUAGCCCCGCCAUAGCAUCUUGUAUUCAUCCAAGUGAGAUGACCACCACCAUGGUACUCUGACAGUUGAGUCUCACCAUCCGUGUCAUCAUUCUUCUUCUCUACCUCUGCGCUUUCUUCGUCGUCUCUUCCUCUCUCUUGCGAUUAACAGCGCACUGGAAACGGCACCGGUUAUAAUCUUCGAGACGUAGAAUACAUUGGCUAGCUUCAACCGCCAGUUGCUUCAAUAAUCGAAUAGGUUAUUAAG